AUGGGUUCACACGACUAUGACACACAACGAACAAAUCUGGCAGGAGUCGGGCAUAAGAGUAAUCACGCUGCCACAGAAGUAGCAGAGACAGAAGAAGUAAAGCAUCUGAAAUCUCAGUAUAAAAAAGAAUUAUCAACACUGCUAGAAUUAUUUCCUAAUUGGACAGAGGCAGAUUUGCUCUUUGCCUUGCAAGAAUCUAAGGGAGAACUCGAAGCUACAAUUACUCGAAUCACUGAAGGUUUGUUUUUUCAGGUUACAUUUUUCUCGGAAAUAUGGUUUUAUACUAUGGUUACAAAA